CUGCGGCGAGCGGGAGGCAGCGGCGGGGCAGCCGGGGGCCCUGCCCGCCGCCGCCAGCCGUCAGCGGAAGGAGGAAGCGCCAUGGCCGAGGCCUGGGCCGGCUUCUCGCAGGAGGAGCUGCGGCGCCUGCGAGGCCAGCGCCCAGAUUUGUAUGAACCCUUGAAGCAGCAGCAUCACGCCCACACUGUGAAUAAGAGUCGGAAGCAAACACAAAGAGAAAAAGCCUUCCAGCAGCAAUGUCAGAAGCUGGGACUGCAGGGUGGAGCAGCCUCUGUUCCUCCUGAGCAGUUGCUUUCUGCACCAGAACACAAGCCUGGUCAUCCUAAGCAGCCUGUGCCACCAUCUCAUCCUCCUUCAGCAGGAGAUCAAAGGCAAAGUGACAACCGAGACCAGCAGAAGGAAGUGACUCCAGUAGAUCCUUGUAAUGGCAGUGACAAUGCGCAGACCCACCCUGCAAAGACGAACUCCAAAGUGGAGAAAAAGAAAGUGGCAUUGUUAGUAAGUCGGCAGGAGAAAUCACGAUGGGAAAUACUCCAGCAAGAGCAGCGGCUGAUAGAAGAGAAGAAUAAACGCAAAAAGGCACUCCUGGCCAAAGCUAUUGCUGAGAGAUCCAAAAGAACUCAAGCUGAAACAGUGAAACUAAAAAGGAUUCAGAAGGAGUUACAAGCUCUGGAUGACAUGGUAUCUGCUGACAUUGGCAUCCUGCGGAACCGCAUUGAUCAGGCCAGCUUGGACUACUCCUAUGCUCGCUGCCCCCAGUUGCUCCUCAAGAGAAUCUAAGUCCUAGUGGAUAUGUCUGUUCCUCAUUACAGUUGUAUUCAGCUCAUCAGAAAGCUCAUCAGAUUCAGCUCAUACAGAAGAGCAUCUGACAGAAGAGUUGAAUUGUAAUGGUAUUUACAGGAAGCGCAGGCAUACCAUUUUGCAUAUAAUUUGUGGUUCUCUAGUAGUCUAAAAUGUGCUUGAAAUAGUCCUACUGAUUGCACCUUGUUGUUAUGGAUAAGAUUAUUGUUUGAACUCCUCAAACCAAAAAAGGCAAAAAAUUGUAAGUCAAAAGAUCUUUCUGACAACUACUUAAGAAUAUGAGUUUCCUAGAAGGGAAUAAGUUUAUAUCCAACGAAAUUACUUAAAGCUGAAAAAUUCUCAUGUGCCAUCUGAUAGUGCUGGCACUGUUUCUGCCUGACAGUUAAGAUGCUGUUCUUAGAAUCAGCAGUUUCUGUUCUCUUACAAGUCCCUCAUCAAAGUUCUGGCCAGUUCUAUGUGUCUUUAACUUCUGAGCUUGCAAAACGAACUGGCUGGAAGCCACAUGAAACAGCCAUAAGAAAUAACAAUAGGCAGUCUAGCAUUUGGUCGCUCUCUCUAGACAGGGACCUCAAGAGUUAAAUUGUUUGAUCUGAGUUAUGAAGCUUUUCUCUGACGUGUGAUAUAAACCAAUACCAUGGUGUCAGUUCCACUUUGGAAGUUCGCAAAUGUUUUGAUGGGUGCCAGUAUGCCGAUUUAACAUUCCCCCUGUGCCGGAGCCAAGCAGUCCAGUCAUAAUUGUAACAACAUGUGUGCUGGUCAGAAAUGCCAGGAGAUGAUUUUGGUGCAACAAAACGGUUGGGGUUUUUUUUGUCCUUGUUUUUCCUUUAAGGAAAGAGAACAGUUGGAAUUGGGGCUCUUCAAGCAAAAGCAAUUUCUACCUUUGUAGUAGUCCAUGCAUCUUAUACUGUUUGGCUCUGCUGUCACUGGAGCGCAUUGAAAGCAGGUGCACUGUCCACUCAGCUAGUGUGUUAUAUCUUCAGAAAAAUAGAACUAAAAGUUCAGCAUAAGUCAGGAAUGGGUUGGGUAAGCAGAUUUUUAAGUGAAGGCCUCUCGCAGGUAGAGCUUCUAAUCUGAAGCGUGCUGAGGUUGAACACCCAUGGCAGGGAAAAUAGAGCAACGCGUGAUAUCUGACAGUAACACUGCAGAGCUCAUCACAGGGGACGUGCGUUCUACUGUGGCAAUGUGGCCAUUUUUGUGUUGGGCCACCUCAUUUCCAUUAUGAGAAGUGGAAAACACCGAUGUAUAAAACUGAAAAUGUUACAAAGCACAAUAUAAUUGCCGAUGUUGCAGUUUGGCCAGGAUGUCGGGAUUAACACUCCUUCCUCUGUCAAGAAAUGUUUAAAUGAGCACAGAUGGUCAUGGCUCAGCCUGGAGUUCCCAUGGAUGUCUAGCGCGUGGUGUAAAACACUUGGACAAUCCCCAAUCUGAUUGUAUAUCCAGCCAGCUGAAGUUGGGCUCUCAAGAGGUUUCAGCUUAGGGUAGCUGUCUGGGGAGAGACGAGUUCUCUGUCAGCCAUUCUUCUUAAUACCUUCAGCGAUGCAGUGGAGUCUUCCCUUUGAGCCUGUAUCCCAUCUAAACAGAAUGAUGAAAAAGUAGUAAGAGUGAAAACUAGUGACUGGCGUAGUGUUUGGGAGUACUGUGUUUCCUGACCAGCUUUAUUAAGAACAUGGAAUCAUAGAAUCAUUAAGGCUGGAAAAGACCUCUAAGAUCAUCAAGUACAACUGUCAACCCAACACUACCACAUCUCCUAAACCAUGCCCUGAAGUGCCACAUCUACAUGUCUCGUAAACCUCCAGGGAUGGUGACUCUACCACCUCUCUGGGCAGCCUGUUCCAAUGUCUAACCACUCUUUCAGUGAAGAAAUUUUUCCUAAUAUCCAAUCUAAACCUCCCCUCAUGCAGCUUGAAGCUGUUUCAUCUUGUUCUGUUGCUAGUGACCUAGCAACAUACUAAAAAGGAUUGCAUAUGGGAAAGUUACCCUAUUCUGGUGAAAUUCUGGGGCCAGAGAAAGGGGCAGAGCACUAUUGAAUUGCCUCCCAUACUGGGAUUCACUCUGUUCUGCAUUUUCUGCUUAGGACAGUAGGAUCUAGAGAUUUUCUGUUCCAAACACCCUUUUCUCAAGGGUCAAACUUGGAUGAAAACCCCUGUGAUAUGAAUUGUCCAAACCUGGGGCCUGGUAUUUAGCCAGAUGCCCCUUGUGUGGGAUCUAUGAACAGCUGUUGGUCCUGGACUGAGUUUGGUACUUCCAUGUGAUUCUAUGUAGGCAUAUGGUCUUGGGCGUCUUCUGUGCUCUGCUCUUGUGCAUGCCAUAGCUGUGUAUAAUAGUUCAUGCAGUUGCUGAGAGCUAGAUAAAAUUUUUCUGCAGGCCGGAUCCAACCUAGAAAUUGUAUGUUCAACACUUUGGUAUUAUAUCAUGGUUCCUUUUCUAAUUCUGUGGAUAUAAGCAGGUGUGGUGUGCAAGGGACAAAGGGUUUUGCCCGUGGCAAUGCAAGCAGGGUGUAGAGAUGUAGGCUGGUAUAAUAGAAACCACAUGCUUGUUAAGUGCCCUAUUUAGACUUGUCUGCAUGGUCCUAUUAAAACGAGUGUUGGCUCCUUUGAUGGGGCACGAGACUGGUUUCCUUCAUCAUUUCCCCUGAUUUAUGUCCCAGCAGCAAACUUGUACGUCAGUGGGGAAAGACCAAGUAACUAGAGAAGUUAGCCAAGCCUCACCCCCUCGUCAUGAUAGGACAUCAGAUCCUUCAAAUCCUUGCCUUUGGCAGCCUGUUAGUUACAGGGUUUAAAUCAUGGCUUUUAAGACACAGGUACAGACACUAAAAAGCUUGGGCCUUUCUGAAUUAGGGCCUGGAUUGUGUAGUUAGAGUCAUUUUCUCAAUUAGCUAAACAUAAAUCAGUAUAACGAGGCACUUGAGAGCACUGGGCAGGUUUAAUACCUUGCCUCUCCUGCCUCUGUCCAUACCACUCCCACCUGCUUGUUUGGCUGAUCAGCGAGUGAUUUUAUUUUUCCACGCUGCUAGAGCUGAGCAGUGAGUUUUAAUGUCUGAACUGGUUUUCACACCUGGCACAUGUGUGCAAGUGGUGAGAACUGGGAGAAAUUGCUCUUAUGAGAUAAGUAAAGCAGCCCUUAUGCAUGGCAGAAAUCUGGCAGUCUCAGCACCCUGUGCCACACCAUCCUUCUGAUGAUGGGGACAGUGUCCUAUUGAAUAGGCAGUGGUGGGUGGUGGCAUGAGUGCAAAAAGUGUAGCGGCAGCAGGGAUGUCAUUUGAGUGGGCAGCAAGUGAAAAGCUUGGAGGUUCCUCAUACCCCAAGAGCUGGAGUAACUUAUUUUGUGCCUUUUGAUCCCUUUGGAGUGGGUAUAAAUCAUCCAACAUGAAAGCUCCCGUGCUAGGGACAUCUCCUUAGUCUCUUGCCUCUUGAAGAAUGGGGAAUGAUGUGGAAAGAUGGCUGAAUGAAGGAACAGAAUCACUGUUCACCCACACCAUGUUCACCACGGCUGAAGCUAUGGCACUCCCUGAGUCUGGUUUCGAGGGUUGGAGCUGAGUAAGACAAAAACACCCAAACCAACGUUAAUUGCUCUGUGGGUAAUAAAAGUGAAGCAUGAGUCAUAAAUAAAUCCCUUAAUGAUGGGCCUCCUUAACUUUCCCUAUGCAGGGUUUCUUCCUUUUCUCUGAAGCAGUUGGCAGUGCUGGUGAGGUAUCUGAACAUGUGAUCAUCUGGUAUGAUCCUCUCAUGUUCUUGUUAUCACUGCUGAAUCUGACCCCUCAAAUGUCUCUCUUGACAUUCCUUUUAUCUGCAGUGAGUAGUAAUGGGUCUUUGUUCUGGUUUGCGGGCAUUCCCUCAUGAUGCAGGGCCAAACUGAGCCCAAGAUCUGUCUGCUUGUUUGUUGGGAAGGCAUUGCUCUGAACAAACUGUGGCUCACUCUCAAACUGUGACAGGUUUAUAACAGAACAGCAGCAGUCAAGGUCUCACUGACAGGCAUCAGAAGCAGCUCCAAAUGCGUAAUUGCUGACCUCAUGUUGCUUCUGCAGUAGUACCUGGAAGUCCUGAAGGAGACCCGUUGAGUUAUUUCACAUACACUGUUUCCUCCUUCAAAGAGUCAUUAAAGGAGGUAGUGAACAAAGGGUAGGGUCACGACAUGAACUUGAAACUUAGCAAUGUCAUAAGGCAUCUUGCUAGGAAUUGAUAUCAAGUGAGGCCCUGGCUGUACUACAGUCAGAAGGUCCAGCAACAACAGAAAUAGAAACCCUUUAGCUGCCUACCAUGUAGCUAAAGGGCAGCUGAUGUUCUUGACCAUUGCCUCCACAUGGCUGUGGACCACCGUGUCCCCAGGAGAGCUGAAGGGAUGGAGAGCCCUGGGAGUCAUUCCGAGACAGCAGAUAACUUCAAUUCAUUUGGUGUGACUCCUUCACUAAAGGAUGGAACUAUUUGUCCUGCAGAUGAUGUCUCAGCAAGCCAUGUUAUCUUGCUGCCUUCCUUUCUCCAUGUGGAAGGGUAACCCUUUGCACUACCAGAGCCUUAGGAGGUCAUGAGCCAUCAGCUCAGCAAGGGUACCACAGUAGAAGUGUUUGUCAGCUGUGUAUGGUAUGGCUGAAGAGUCACAAAUUUACUAUCCCUCAGAUUGUUAGUUUGGGCAACAAACUCUAUAAACUCACUGGAGACCCAUGGUGUGAGCCUGUGCUGAAAUCUGGGCUGAGUAUACUCGCUGUCUGCAGUGUGAGCUAGGUAGAGUAAAGCAGGUGUGUCUUUGCAGGCUCGAGUCACUUUUCCCAUUCCAGUGUAGACAAAUCCUCUGUCCCAAGGAAGGGUUAAUGCAUUUCAGACAUCAUCUUCUUCAAGUUUCCCAAUUUGGAUCCCAAUUAAGUUUCUGAACAUCACCUGAAACCCUGCAUCAUGUCUUUGGGUAGUUCUGUAGCUGUUUAGGUGAUGACUCUUGUUGCUGAUUGUCUGUAUUUCAUUGUCUGUAGCGUUCGUGGUGUCCUAAAGGUUGUGUCUCUGGCUUCACUAUCGUGUAAGCUGCAGCUGGUCCCACAUUUUGGUGGUUAGCUUCAUGGCAGACAGGAUAAUACUAUUUGGCAUAAGGAUGUGCUCAUAAAGAACCAGGUCCAUUUCAGCAUUUUUCUAACAUGCCUCUCUGAUCCUCCAAGAAGAACAUCUUGCAGCUGUUUUAAAAAGACAUGCCUGGCGCUCUGCAGGAUUUUCUUCUUGAUUACAGAUCUUUCUUUUCCUGUCUGCUAAAGUACCAAUUGUUUCCUUUUCUGUGUUCCUCAAAUCAAAAUGUUUAGCAAUGGACCUUUCUCCGUAACAUCCCACCACAUCCCCUAACUACUGUGGAGUGUUCAUCAGCCAUACUGACAUUAACCAGUUCUGCAGGAAACCAACACUGCCAAGCAGGCAGGCUCCCGCUCCUGGACUUGCUCAGCAUAUCUGGUAUUGUCAGUGACAGUCCCUGUGAUGCCCUCACUGGCAGAACCUGAGAAGCUAUUUUCCUUGGCCUGGCAGUUGCAACAGUCAUGCUCAGACACUCAUGGUGCUCCCUUCAGGCCUUGACAUCCACAAAGCUAAAUCUGCUUUUCAUAGUGGGGGAGCGACGAUUUGCUUUUCAAGGCCUAGUCCACCUCUUCUGUCCCAGCUGCCCACAACACUGGACUCUUUCAUUACUCAAACCCUCCCAAGCCACCAAUAUGUUUUCUCCUUCUGCCCUUCAACAAGUUUCCUUUCCUCCUUCCAGCAACUGUCAAAAAACUUUCUGGAGCCAUCUUUCCUGCAGGCUAGGCAAAUAACCAGGGCUCCUUAGAGCCAUCAGGUGGAGCAGAGGGUGGGUGAGCACAGGGUGGUCCUGGAAAUGCUUUGAUUCACAGAAUUAAAACUCAGUAGGAUUAAACUCACAGCCAGUUUCAGAAGCCCAGGUCCCUGCUCUUCUUCCCACUUCUCACAGGCUUUGAGCUUAACCACGUUCACCAUUACACCUUAAAUGCUUACACUCAGAAAUCUCUGCUUUCACCUACCAUGUCUGCCACCCUAGAGGUGGCUGUUUUGAGUUGGUCACCGCUGGAGAGGUGACAGAUGAUAAUCCAUCUGGGCAUUCCUGGAGAGAGCCAGAGGGAGACUUCCUGAUGGGGGCGAGGCUGGGGGAAGGCAUUUGGGAUGGCUGCCAUCCACAAACACAUCAAAGGUGCGAAUGGCUUUUAUCAAGAGGCAGUAAAACUUUAAUCCAAAGCCCACUUUAAUGUAUUUGCUACAUAUUUAAAAGGGAACUGAUUUCAGAAAUGCUUUUGAGAGUUUUAAAAAUUCUCCUGGACCUGUGUCUUACAACUCUCCAUUCUGGAAACCUGAUGCUUUUGUUUCUGGGAACCCAGAUGUUCAGGACUCAUGACUGAGGGAAGAACGAGAACUGAAACCAUUUCUAAACCUCUUCUGAAACAUGGGCACAAAUAGGUUUUUUUCUAGCUCUAAACCUCUCUUAAAGUCUGGGGUUUUUUUAAUCACAGACCACGCUUACAGCAAAUACCAUCUCCUCAAUCAGAAAGUGAGACAUCUUCCCAUUAAGUUGUCAAAAAUCCCUCAUUUCCAGCUCAGUAAGGCUGCAAGGAACUGGCCUUUUGACAUGCUGGGGUGUUCGCCUCUAGUCUGGAGCUUUAGGCUGGUCCUGUUUUGCUGGAAGAAAUUUACCUUUAGUAUGGAAGACAGGAGCAAUCGCUGGCAAGAUCAGAGGAGCUGUAGCCUGUCUCAUUUUCUUUCUUUUUUUCUUUUACUGCAGGAGUGUUUAAACAUCACUGCUUUCAUUUGGAAAGGGCGAGUGACUCAGCAAGUGUUGAGAGAAUGUGGUUACAUAAAACCAUAUUUUUAAUACAACUGACAGACUGUCUUGAGAGCUAAGUGUUUUUUGACAGUUUUUAUGCACCUGUUAAUUCAAAGCUCUUAACAUGUGCCAGUUAAAAAGAGCCAGGCACUAAAACAUCCACCCGGUGGACAGCAGGGACUCAGCUGCACACCAGAGCACAGGGAAUCCGUGCAAGGUAGAAACUUGGCUUCUCUUACAGGACCAACUGGUACACAACUAAUUCAACUCAGAGCUUUUGUUUCCCAGUCCUCCUUGGCCUUGAAGAUUCCUGCUUCUGCUUUGUACCUGAAGAACAGAUGACAUUUCUUUGGGUUUCUUCUCUUUGCUAGUCUCAGCUUUUGUAGUUAUCAGAAAGAAAAGAUGCUAAACAACCUGUUAGGGCUACGUCCUUAAAAGGCAUGCACUGACAGUACCUCCCCAGGCUCCUCUGCUUCUCUAAAAUUUUCCUUCCUCUCCACCCCUUUGGUAUUACCAAACUCUCAAUUUAGAGAUUUUCAUAGGGUCAUUUUAAACCUCUCACAGAUCUUCCCUCUGCCUUCUAGGGCUUCCUGCCCAUGCCCUAUAUGCUCACAUCUCAUCUCCACAGAGUUUUGGCUGGCUGUCCACACUGUGGGUCACCUGGUGGCCUCAUCCCUGUGGAGAAAAGCUUGAAAACUCAGCACCACAUAGCAUAAAGGCUCAAAAACCCAGAAGGCAGAGACAAGUAUAUGAAAGCUUGAGAAUUUUAAAUACUUGCAGGUGCUGACACAGGAGUUUCUGUGGUAGAAAUGAGCAUCUAACCCUGAAACAAGACACCACUCAUUUUUUUGUGCAAGCCAUAGGUAUUUACGACUGUGCAUUUGGGGUAUUUUUUUGUGUAAGGUGGGGUUACUAUGCCACUGCCACUUUCCUGCUCUAUAAACUUAGUCAAGCUUAGUCAAGCUCUCAUUGCCUUCAGGAGAUGGGGCUGUGGCAUCUCUAGACCUUUCCUUGGUCUCAAGGCCAAGAGGCAUGAUGACAGUCUCUAGUGUUAAGGCCAAAGCUUUGGGCUCUGAGGAAUCAGGGCACAGCAGAGAGGUGUGUGAAGGCCAGGAACAAUUGUCCUGUUGGAGAGGAAGGGCAAAUGGCCUGGGGUUCAAUUGCAUGCCAGGCCUGUUGGGGUGUUUAAGGUAAGCUGUGUAAACAUUCUGAAGCGGAGGUGAAUCCAACACUGCUAUCCUAGCUGGGUUACAAGUGGGCAGCAGGUUUGCCUGUGGCAAUGGGGGUACCAGGAGUUGGCCCUCACCCCAGCUGAAGGGGAAGGUGCUCUCAGAGGCCACAAGAGCAUAGAUUUGGAGGACGAGGGUGCCUUGGUACAUCCUGCAUGUUGAGCCCUAGCAGAGGAGGUCACUGCAAGGUGGUCAGUGGAGCUAAUGGGGCUUGGAGGGCAUGUGUGAUGUCUAUAGCCGAAGGUGGGAGAAAGCCCUGCUAGGGCCUAGCCUUGAGCACAGAAGGUGUGCUGGAUGUAGAGCUAUAUGAUGUAGAGCCUCAGGUUAGUGGGGUCUUGCCUCAAAUUACAGCUCCACUAGCCUGGACAGUUGCCUGUAAGUGGGAUCUAUUGCCAAGAGCAGAUCAAGGGCUGCUUGUCGUAUACACUGAUCAGAGCUGAUGCCUGGUACCCUUCUGCUGGGUGGUUUUCUGUAGUGGUGCUGAACUUCAAUGUUCUUUCUUGCAUCUCUACUAAGAGGCAUAAAUCCCUUUCCCUACAGGCUCCAUUUGUAGGCCUGAUUGCUUGAGAGUGGGAAAACUCAUAAUGAAUAAUUUGUCAGGAUGGUAUUAGUAUCUCUGAAUGCUUCACGUGAGCUUGAACUCACGUGAGGGUUUUUUUAAGCAGUAAACACUAGAUGAGGGCUUGUCAGGGCAAUAGAUGGGGCUAGGAUUCCACAUCAUUAACAGUCAGUUUUUGCAUUGCAAAAUCACCUGGCAGGACAAAUAUGAUCCAGAUCAGUUGUGUGCACACUGUUGCUUUGUGUUGAAUUAGCUAAAACAUGCUAUAUAGUGUUUAUAUUGGCUUCAUGUUUUACAUUGGCUGGAGGAAGACAUAUGAUACCCCAUCUGGCAUGAAUUCUGUUGGACUAAAGUUACCCCAUAACAAUUCAGAGGAUAAAUUUGACUAGCCAGAGUGGUAUACACUGCAUCAGUGUUUUGCUGCAUGGGGUCACAGCAGUUUUGAUCCAGUCCUGGGUACCCUCAAACAAAACUUUCUGUCUCAGUAGUGCUUAACUGUGCAGGUAUGUGUGAUGCUCAUGAGGAUGUUUCCCUGAAGAAAUGUGAGCUCCACUCCCGCUGAAAGGUUGUAUUAGCGUUACUUCUUAGAUUGUUACUUCAGUAGCUGUUGUGUGUAGACUUGACCUGUAGACUGUGUCUUUUCAGAGUGCACCUUCCAAGCAAGGUUAAGGUGCAGGUAGAAUGAGCCCUGGGUCUGGAAUGAUAGAACUGGAAAGGAUCUCAAGAUGUCCUCUAACUCAUAGCCGCAACCAAGUCCACCCUGUAUGUCUUGACAGAGAGUUGUCCAAUAGUUUCUGCACCCUGCUGUGAUGGAGAAUCUGUCUCUCAGCGGUAGAAGUUUACCUCAAGGUCUAACUGAAACUCCACUGCUGCAGUUUAAACGAGGGUCUUCUUGCCCCAUUAACUGUCUUUGAAGAGAAUGUUUUUUCCUCUUCCCAAGGCACAGCCCUUUCUCUGUGUUACCCUUUAAAGCAUUUAAAGCAGGCUCUGCAGUGAGACAGGGAGUGAAGUAUGUGUGGUGGGAAGCAUCCAAAACUUGCUCAGAUCUGCACUGAGUUUCCAACACUAAUCGAGCCAUCUGUGACUCAUCUUCAUGCUUGUGUGUCAACUCAUGGAGAUAUCCUCAGAGCAAGCAAAGCACUGGAUUACUGCAUGCUCACAUGGACAACACCACCAGGUUUCAUGGUUGUUGUCCUCGUGAGGGGACAGAGCUAUGAUGCAAGAUAAGUUAAUAAAAGUAUGGUUGUUGUUUACAGCUAUAUUCAAACUCUGAAACAUGCUCAGUUUGCAACUACAAGAAAGUGAUAAGAGUCCUAAUCCUCGCAAAAAGCCUAACUACUUUUGAAAACAAGUUGUCUCUUUCCAUCUGAUUUGAAUUUGAGAGAACCGCUCCAUGUCCCAAAGCUGAAUGAUUUUAUCACCUCUUUGCCAGCCAGAGUACAUGAUGACAGAUUUUUUUAUCAAACUAAAGAUUAACUUUGCUGAGAGAUCUCCCAGUUUUCACCCAUCUGAGAAGCCCUGAUGUUUCCUUAAAAUCCCGUCACCCUUUUGCUGCAAAGGUGGCUUGCUCUGAGUGCAAAACAGCUCUCUAAGGCUGGAAAGCAAAGGGAGGCUGCAACACAGGCUCCAGUUCAAGCUUGGAGGUGGGAGCUUCUUCCAUUAAGCUCAAAUAAGAUGUGUAAUUUUUAUUGUUUUUUUUAAAGAGUGUGCUAACAGCAUUCAGUUAGAAGCAGUGUUCAUGGGGUAAAAUGUGUAAACCUCAUUUAGGAUGCUAAAACACUUAUAUUGAUUGUAUUGCUUCAAAAUGAGCAGAGUGAAAUGAAAUGGGCCUUUUUUCUGCCAUGCUCUUCUUUGGAGAACUUCCUGAAAAGCCCUUCCUUGGGUCAGUGAUUGUGCACCAUCUUACAGCCAAAAAGUGCUUGGCAGAAAGGCAAUGAGAAUGUGACCUUAAACUUCAGACAGCAGCAAAGUACUUGAAUGCUGAUGCACUCUUCCCAGCUGCUGCUGGCAAAUAAAUUUGCAGGGCAGAUGCAAUAGCUAAUCUAUCUUGGACAACGGUUUUCUUUUCCACAGCCAUGUGCAGUAAUGAAAAUGGCAAUUUCCAGUGAUACUUUCUACCCAAGAGUAGAUCUGUUGCAGACUUCACAUCCCCUCACUUAAGGUAUCUCUUGAGUCCAAACUCUCUAAAAUCAAGUGACGUGUUCAGAGUAUGGCUUGUCCUAAGGAUCUUGGGCUGGAUUUUCUCACUGUCAGCUAUAGAGGGAUCCUGAUGAGUGACUCAGAUCUGGAGGGGACUUCAGCACAAUAGGAAUUGCGUGGUCUAGAAGAAAAUUGAGUAGCCAGAGCUGUACUAGUAUACUCCUUAGGGUUUCUGGCCAGCCAUGUCCUGGGGUGAAUGAUUGUGACCUGGAUGAAUAAAGGAUGCUUUGUACUGUGGUCAAAUUCAGAUACCUGGGGGAAGGGACCAGGGAAUGAAGCAAUUCUGUUUGCUUUGAACAAAGACAGUCUUAAAAAAGGGGGGGGGGGGAAAAGAUAAAAUAAACCAGAAAUAUUGAGUCAACCUAGGACAUGGUGUUUGACCUGAAACACAAUGUUCCAUUUUACAGUUUAAUUUCAUUUUUUCUAAAGUCAGGUUUUUCAAUAAAACCUCCAAAAGGAUCAUUUCAGAAACACCUACAUGAAGUCAACCUCUUUGCUUUGAAAACACUUUGGAAUGAAAUGUUUUGAAGUCUAAAAAAGAGCCUCCUGUAUUAGGCUUGUUGGUUUUGUUUGUUUUUUUGGCAAAAGGUGCUUGUCAAAUUCAGCCCAACUUUGUGAAUGGUUUAUGUCCCUCUGAAAUUAAACUCUGGUCAAAGUUACUGUUCACUGCACAAAUUGACCCGCUGUAUCUAUGAAUCCACCGAGGGCAAAAGGGAGUCUGUGAUUCAACCCGGAGCUGUUCCACCUCCUUGGAACCAGGGAGGAGAACCCACAGUGUUUUCAUAAAGGAAGCGAUUCAGCUCUCAGUAAUCAAAACCCAGGUCCUGUUUCCUUUCCAAGGGCAUCUGGAGUCCCCUUGCUGCAAGUGGCCAAAAUUCCCAUUGUCUCCACGAGGAGUUAAAGCACGUCCUGCCACCAAAUGAAGAAAAUAGAAGAGCAUGGCAAGAAAUGGCCUGAACCCUUGCUGUUUAUCUGCUUACAAGAAAAAACAUGAGCACGAGACAUGAGGUUUCUUUUCAGGCACUUUCUAAUGACUCAGACGAUCCAACAAAAUAAAUGAGAGCAGCCAGGAGAGCGCUCUGCUCCGAAAGGGCAGAGAAAUAUUUGCCAAUGCAGCAGCUCUGCAAAUGUGUGAGGCUGUUAAGCUCCUAAUCCCAUGUCUUAUUUUUAUGAAUUUUCACACUAGUGGGAUAGAAUGAACGUUGAACCCAAAGACAUUAAUUACUUGGGUCCUUUUUUUGAGAGGAAUUUCGAUGGAGUGUAACGUUUUAAAUUACAAGGUGUGAAAUAAACUCUACAAAACUUACAGCUUUAGUGGAGGAACUCCAAAAUCAAAUAAAAAUGCAAAACCACUGAUGAAGUCCAAUUUACUGUAAAAUGCCCAGGAUCAUGGUGUUCCAGUAAUUUUUUUUUUCCCUACAUACUUUGGUUAAAAUAAUUUAUAUCCGCUGCAGUGUUUAUGUACCUUAAGCUUUAUUUAUUAAAGGAUAUGUAUAUUUCAAGCCUGGUUUUAAUGAGACAUGCUGAAAUCUGUAAGGUACAGUGCGACUUUUGUUCUAAUCAGCACUAAAUCUCGUCUCUUUACUUUUUCUGUGUUGAAAACAUUCAUGUUGGACGGAAAGGGCCGUGUGUGUAUGUGCGUGUAUAUAAAUUUCAGAUAUGUAUAAAUAUAUAUGUAAAGUAAUAAGCAAAA